CUUUUAUAGAUAAGGUUGACUUUUACGAUAGGUAUGACGGAUUCAAAGUUAACAAAACCAACCGAUUUGGAUAUGCCAUUAUGUGGAGUAUGUCAAGAUCAGGCUACAGGAUUACAUUACGGUAUCUUCACUUGCGAAGCUUGUAAGUCUUUUUUUCGACGAACUCUUAUUCAACAACCCCCUGCCUGUCGAAAAGAUGGAAAAUGUGAAAUUAAGGCUAGAAGGAGGAACAAUUGUAUGUCGUGUAGAGCUGCUAAAUGUAUUGCUUUGGGAAUGUCCAGGACGAAAAGUCGUUUUGGACGCUAUUCAGCAGAAACUGCCAGAGACGCUCAAUUACAAAAGAGACGUUCGUCAAUGUCAGACGCGUCCAUUUCGUCUUCGAGCUCUCCUCCUACAAAUGACAAUGAGCAAGAAAAAAUCAUAUCAGAACUUACUAGACUAUCUCUUGAACUACUCAGGGUAAGGUGGAUUGAUGCAACCGUUGUCAGGAGAGAAGUAAGUAGGUCUUAUCCUGAGAGGGAGAAACAAUUCAUCAGAUACGAAGCUGAAAAUAUGGCAUUAUGUACGAAAGCUUUAAUAACCUUUGCAAAAGGCAUUCCAGGUUGGAGAGAUAUACCACUAAGUGAUCAAGUUAGCCUUGUUAAGAAUAAUCAUAGAGAGUUUAUAUUUAUGGCUGCUAAUUUUACAACGGACGAAGCUCAGGAAACUAUUUACGUAAACGGUCAUAGAGCUAUGCAUAAGAUUCAAUUGGAUGUUCUAGAUGACAAUGAUCCCCGCCAACCUGUUGCAUCUCGUCUUUUGGAGCUAAUAGGAAAUAUACAACAGAUGCAUUUAACAAGCGAAGAGAGGGCACUAUUUGCAGCUGUGAGUCUGUUAACAACUGACCGAUGUACUUUACAAUUUAAAGAAAAAGCUGAAAAAAUGAGAUCAGAAAUGUUGGGAUGCCUUCAAACUGUGUUGGAUAGAACUCGAAAUGAUUCUCGGAAGACAAUGAGCCGACUUUUAGACAUAUUACUAGCUUUCCGACCAGUAGCAGACAGAAUUGGUGAAGUAGAUUACGAAAAUAUGCAUCGAUACGCAGACCUUGACAUACCUGAUGUUAUGAGGGAGCUAUGGGAAAGAGACACAUGGAAAGAAUUGGAUAAAAUAAACGAACCAAGGAAGCCAAUUGACGGAGAACGACCCCUUAUUCUCAUUGAGGAAAAGACAAUAAAAAGGAUAUUCGAUCUGGGCAAAGAAUUGUUCAAUAAGACAGGCGGAGCUGAAGAAGCCAAAGAGAUUACAAGCCUUGUUAGCCCAUUAAUUCCCCGUAAUUUAACAAGUUUUCUUGCAGAAGAAUUCGAAGAACCAACGUAA